UAUAUUUUAUCGCUUUUUUUUUCUCUCCUGCUUCUUCAUGGAGAAGUUUUAGUGCGCUACACGGACUGUGUAGCCUGGCUGCUGCGCUAAAAGCCACGUAUUCAGGCUCCUGUCCGUUAUAAACGGCCAUGUUUCGGGAGGUUUUGUUGGGGUGGGCGCUGGGGUUCCUGCUGAGCUUCGGGUGGGUCCUCGGCUACUUCCAUGAAGAGCGCUGGAGCCCGGAGUCUCCGCUGCUCGCCCCCAGGGUGGUGAUAGCCAUGAUCUGCAGGAACUCCGAGCACUCCCUGCCCUAUUUCCUCGGGACCAUAGAGCGGCUGAACUACCCAAAGGAGCGCAUAGCUCUGUGGGUUGCAACAGACCAUAAUUCUGACAACACUACGUACCUUCUCCGAGACUGGCUCAUCAACGUACAGAAACUGUACCACUACGUGGAGUGGCGGCCACAGGAAGAACCAAGAUCGUAUGCUGAUGAGGAAGGUCCCAAGCAGUGGCCAAACACCCGAUACGCUCAUGUGAUGAAGCUGCGCCAGGCUGCUCUGGAAUCAGCACGAGAGAUGUGGGCUGACUAUUUAAUGAUAGUUGACUGUGACAACCUUCUGACCAAUCGGGAUGUCCUGUGGAAGCUGAUACGAGAAAAUAAAACUGUCGUGGCUCCGAUGCUGGAAUCUCGAGCUGCAUAUUCCAAUUUCUGGUGUGGAAUGACAUCCCAGGGUUACUACAAGCGGACUCCUGCAUACAUACCCAUGCGGAAGCAGGUGAGGAAAGGCUGCUUUGCUGUUCCCAUGGUGCACUCCACCUUUCUGCUGGAUCUGCGUAAAGAAGCCUCCAGACUCCUCGCCUUCCACCCACCACACCCGGACUACAGCUGGGCCUUCGAUGACAUCAUAGUUUUCGCCUUCUCAGCCCGAAUGGCAGAGGUGCAGAUGUUUGUCUGCAACAAGGAGACUUAUGGCAAUUUCCCCGUUCCUCUGCGAUCGCACAACAGUCUUCAGGACGAAAUCGACAGCUUCAUGCACACUGUGCUGGAGAUCAACGUGAGAAAUCCACAUGUGGAGCCUUCUAAGUAUCUUCCAGCCCCCAUCAGACAACCAGACAAGAUGGGCUUUGAUGAGGUCUUCAUGAUAAACCUACAGAGGAGAACUGAUCGGAGAGAGCGAAUGCUGAGGGCACUGAGUGAGAUGGAGAUCGACUGCAAGGUGGUGGCAGCUGUUGAUGGCAAAGCCAUGAAUGUUAGUGAGAUCCAUGCUUUGGGAAUCCACAUGCUGCCGGGGUACAGUGACCCCUACCACGGCCGGCCUCUCACAAAAGGGGAGCUGGGCUGCUUUCUCUCCCACUAUAAUAUCUGGAAGGAGAUUGUGGAUCGAGGCCUGAAGUCAUCGCUGGUGAUUGAAGACGAUCUGCGCUUUGAGGUUUUCUUUAAGCGUCGUCUGAAGAAUCUGUUGAUUGAGGUGCAGAGGGAAGGUCUGGACUGGGAUCUUAUCUAUAUUGGCAGAAAGAGGAUGCAGGUGGACCGCCCAGAGAAAGCUGUACCCAAAGUACACAACCUGGUGGAGGCGGACUAUUCCUAUUGGACGCUGGGUUAUAUGAUGUCGUUACAGGGCGCCAAAAAGCUCUUAAAUGUAGAUCCACUCAGCAAGAUGUUACCUGUGGACGAGUUUCUUCCAAUUAUGUUCAACAAACAUCCUAUUUCAGACUACAUGGAGCAGUUUGAGGACAGAAACCUGAAGGCCUUCUCAGCAGAGCCCCUGCUGGUCUACCCCACUCACUACACAGGCGAGCCGGGCUACAUCAGCGACACUGAGACGUCCACGGUCUGGGACAAUGAGGGCGUGCGCACGGACUGGGACAGGAAGCGUUCACGCAAAACCCACGAACAGGCCGAGAUCAGCACAGAGGCUCAGAACUCAGACGUGCUGCAGUCUCCUUUGGACAGCACGGCGCGGGACGAGCUAUGACCCUCGCCGCUGGGACUGUCCAUAUCCGGAGCCAUGCAUGAUUCAGUUUUGGAAUAGAGCACAUAUUUUCACACAAAGUUCCUGGGACAUACCACACUGUGCCUUAUGACUGACCAAAGAAUGAUUUUUUAAAAUGUUGUUCUGUUGUCUGUGGGCUUUUUAGGGGUCUAAGCUUUUUUACAAUGUUUCGAUUCAGUUUGAUUAUGAUUCUUUUAAAAAUGGUUCAACACAUUAUGACCAUUCAAAAUUCACCCUGAUGACAGAAUUAGAUUUUUUUUUGUACAAUUAAGAAAUGUAAAGAAAAUUUGUCUAAUUGGGAGGCACCAUCUACAUUCUUCACACUCCACUCCACUAUUUAUAGCAGGUUGUUGACUAUUAUCCUGCAACACCAAAAUAACAAAAAAUGCAGGAUUUCAUAUAUUUCCUUAAAUUUUUUAUUUGAUUGCAGACAGGUCCACUGUUCCCUGGCCAUCCGUCCAUAAGAGUGAGAGAUUUGUUUACAUGCACUGCAUGUCCAAAAGUAUGUAGACACAAAUUUCGUAUUGUUAUUACGGAGAGCUGGUCCCUCCUUUUCUUCAUUACUAGCCUUAACUUUUCUGGAAAAAAAAACAUUAUAGUAAAUGUUGGAACAAACAUGUUCUAACGGGUGACACUAGUAAGGAACAGGGGUGUCGCCAUGUUUUCUGUCCUAAAAAUUUUAUUUGGGUGGGAAAAGCGCUUCUGUUUAUUUACAGUGAGCAUAGAUUCUCAAAUUUCUCCAGCACUAAGGCUAAAGCAUUAGCACGAGCUAAUGCCGCCCGACAGCACCACACUGAGAAACCCAGGGAGAUAUUAGCUAGUGGUUCAUCCCACGUUACUUGUUUUAACACUGUAAACACGCAGACUACAGUCCGAUAUACUCAACUGUGUGACAAAAGAGAUAGCGCUCAUCACGGUUAGUGACUAAUGCUAAUGCUGCUUCAGCAGUGCUAUCCAGGGAUAACUGCAGGCUACAGUCUCAUAUACUCGCCUCUGAAGAGUGAAAGACCCAGGGCUUAGUCUCAGUGCUGGAGAACUAAACUGAAAAUCUUGUAUAACUCCUGUUUACAAAUUCAUACAUAAGGCCCACCGAAUAAUAAGGUGCACUGUCAAUUUUUGGGAAAAUUUUGGGAGAAUUUUAGGUAUGCCUUAUAGUGCAAAAAAUACAGUAAUGAGGUCUGAGGAUCAACUGAUGGUUGAUUUCAGUUCAUACCCUCUCUAACUCUUUUCCAGAGGUGUAACCUAUUUAAAUAAUGUACUGUUAAGAACCAGUAUCUGGAUACUUUUGGACAUAUAGUAACACAUGGACUAUACUGUACAAUUACCACUAUUAUUAAUGUUACAAAAUAAUAAUAAAAAUAAAGCUAGGCGGCCUUCUUUUUUGCAUGAUCAUAAAGCUGUUUUUUUUGUUUUAUUAUGUUGUCCAUCUAUGAAUUUAUGUCAUUUAUGGAGUGACCUUUGUCAAACAGAAGGUCAAAAACAGUACAGCAUCAGACAGCCCUGGUUGCUCUGUUUUCAGCCUGUCACAUUCUUCAUCAACCCUGUUCCACUGCAGUUUGUGGUUAUGCAGCUGUUUCAUCCGAGAAGCCAUUAAAAUACCACACAAUUCCACACGGCCACCAAAACCACUGUUAGGGUACGGCCGUUUGUGCAGUUGUGCAGUGUUCUGUAUGUUGUUCUGUAUGCUGUGGUCAGGACCCUUGAUGCUAGCCUUGUUUUCUACCUACAGUUUUAAAAAUAAAGGUGCUACAAAGGGUUA